AUGCCAGCAAAUAUAAAUCUGGCACCUGAAUCAGUUGUUGAUGAAGAGGAAGAUGAAAAUCGUUUUGAUGUAUUCAUUUUGCAAACUUUUCGAAUAUUCUCAGGAACCGAAGAUGUAUUUUGUUGGUUAGAUGAAACCGAUAAGAAAUUCAAUAAGCUUAAGAUAUCUCGUAAUCUUCGAUAUAAGGUCAUCCCACUACUAGUAGAGGAUGAUGCCAAACGGACAUACUUGUUGAAUAAAUCUAACAUAAAAACCUUUGAUGAUUUUUAUGAGUGCCUUUUGUCUAAAUUUUCCAAACUUGAGCAAAGUGAACGUCAUCAAGCAGCUCUCUCGCUCUCAUGUUCAUCUCAUAAUACUAAUCCUUCACGUUCAUCCAAUAUGCCGAAAAACUUGUCUUUUAAUGAUACACAACUAGGCGGCACACAUCAGUUUGAUGAUUCAGAUAGCUUACCGCCGCGCCCUAUUUUGCGGUCGACUGCAAUCGCAGAUAAGGGAGCCACCAGUUUACCGGGUGAUGAAUCCGCCUUCGGUGGAACUUUUCAGUCUUCCAAUCUUUCUCAGACCGCCUGUAGUCUCGAUCAAACGACAUAUGUUAUACAUAAAGCUAUAAUCGAUAAUUUGAUAAAAAAUCCGAAGAUCUUUCAAGGAGGCAAAGAGGAUGUAAAACAAUGGCUUGAAGAUAUUGAACAACUUUUUGACGCGACGCAAAUUCCUGAUAGUCAUAAGCUCGAUCGCAUUACAUACUCAUUGCGAGGUGAAGCCCGCCGCUGGUAUAAGAAUACUAAAUCGUCUCUAACGCCUUGGGCGGUUUUCGUUCAGGAAAUUAAAGAAGCAUUUCUUUCUCGGUUUCAUGAGGAACUAGGGUUCAAAAAGCUUGAGUCAUAUACUCAAAAAGCUAAUCAACCAGUGCGUAGCUUUUACAACGAGGUACUUAAGUUAUGUACCGAAACGGAUCCGGAGAUGAUAGGCACCGUACGCAAUAGUGUAUUCCGCUCACCGGAUGACGUCACAGGUUAUCCCUCCUAUGAUCGUAGUCGCUAUUAUGAUAAUACUCGCACACGAAAUCGAUACGAUAACAAUCGGGGUCAUAUCAAUAACUUCCGUUCCCCUCAAUCAGGCAAUUCCACCAGACCUGCCAACUUUUUUAAUUCAUCUUUACAGCGUAACAAUUCUACGUAUCCUCCCAAUCACUCGAUGAACAAUACCUUACAGGUCCCUGCAGAAACCUCCCACAAUAGUAACGCUCAUUUCCGACCGUACUCACCUAAUACCUAUCCCAAUUCAACCUAUUCUUCGAAUAGCAGUACCAGCUCUACCAUCCAGAAUAACAGUCGAGCACCUCCUAUCAAUGGCAUUUCUGUCACGCACAACAUCCCUCCUGCUCAGCUCAGCCAUCAAGCCUCUAAUCCGGAUAUCGCCACACCCUCACCCUCAAGAUGGUCCCCAUUUUUAGUCCCGGAGGCACCGCAAGAUGGUGUUGACUCCGGCACAAUUAAAAUAACAUCUCCAAAUCCAUCUUUAAUUUUUCUCACAACCUUAGUCAAUAACCAUCCUAUGCAGAUCUUGGUGGAUACCGGAGCCACCAAUACAUUUGUCAAUUAUAACACGUUGCGUUCUCUUAAUCCUAACCUUCCAUUGAAUAAAUGUUCGUCGUCUUUUGUUCUUGCCGACGGCAUAGCAGCAUUUCAAGUUUUAGGUACAGUGGAACUACAGAUAUUAUUUGAUGAUCAACUCACCUUUAUUACAGCAUAUGUUGCGCAAAACUUAUGUACGGACGUCAUCCUCGGUAUGGAUUACAUAGCUUUUUAUAACCUUAAAUUUAACGUCCGUUCUCAACGCAUUUCGAUUGACCUCCAAGGUCGUCGACAUCAAGUUCCUACUAAUCCGAAUGUUGAGACUACAUUUAUCCCAGUUCUUCUACAUGAGGACACCUAUCUCCCUCCUCGUUCAUCUAGUUUUGCCAAUGUAUCAAUCCCUAUAUCAUCGCUUAGCUCGAUUUUCAUUCCUCAUUACCAAUUUUUACUAUCCAAUACAGCCACCAUACGGCACAAGUUCCUACAAUUCUAUGAUCACCGUUCUCAUAUCACUUUCUAUAAUACUUCCUUCCACCCUCAUUUCGUUCCGCGUGGAACUCAGCUGGGAUAUCUAUGUCAUCAUUCCCCGCUAAAAUCUGACCCCUUUCACAAUAGUCCUUCGCAUGUGUCAUGUGGUGUCAUCAAUCUUUUUGGUGCGAUNCGAACAUCUAAUGCCUAUCGAACUCAAGGUGGCACUGAUGGAAAAUCAUACACAAGCGUUAUGUUCUGCGCCUCAGCAACUGGUUUUCUCUUGCCUCCGUUUGUUAUUUACAAAUCGAAACAAGUAGCGUUCGUCGUGCCGACUCACUUCACCCUCGACUGUGGAAGACAGAUAUACUGUCUGCGUGUGCUAUUAAUGAGGGGGAUCAAUCUAGCAACUUCACGUACGAUGAAACGGUAA